AUGUGCGGCCGUUAUGCUCUCGCUCUGCGGCCAUCGCAGGUCCGUCAGCAGCUCGAGCAGUCGCAGAUGCCAGUGGCAGAGGCGCCCGAUGACGACGGCAACGUGCGACAAAGCUACAACUUUGCCCCGGGAUAUCACGGGCUUGUAUACCGAGCAGACAGUUCCGAAGACACCCGCGACCACGAGAAUACCCGAAUAGAAGAUGCGGCCGGAGACACCAAGUACAAGUUGCAGUCAAUGCAAUGGGGUCUUGUGCCUUUCUGGACCAAGCGCAAUCCCGACUACGGGUCCAAGAUGAAGACGAUCAACUGCCGAGACGACUCCCUGGUCGAGGACCGUGGCAUGUGGACCACUAUGAAGAAGAAGAAGCGCUGCAUCGUCGUGGCACAGGGCUUCUACGAGUGGCUGAAGAAAAAUGGGAGCAAAGAGAAGAUACCCCACUUUACCAAGCGCAAGGAUGGUCAGCUCAUGUGCUUUGCUGGACUCUGGGACUGUGUUCAGUUUGAAGACUCCAACGAGAAACUCUUUACUUACACAAUCAUCACCACCGAGUCAACGAAGCAGCUCAACUUUCUGCACGAUCGAAUGCCUGUCAUUCUCGAGAAUGGAUCAGAUGAAAUCCGGAAGUGGCUUGACCCAACCCGUACCGAGUGGAACAGCGAGUUGCAGUCGCUCCUUAAACCAUACCAAGGCGAAAUCGAGUGCUACCCCGUCAGCAAAGACGUUGGCAAGGUCGGCAACAACUCACCCUCGUUCCUUGUACCAAUCAACAGCGCAGCGAACAAGAACAAUAUUGCCAACUUCUUUGGUAACCAACGAGCGGCGGCGACCAAAAUAGAGCAUGACAUGAAGGAGUUUGCAGACGAUAAGGGUGGCAUCAAGGUCGAACACGACGUUGAUGAGACUCGUGCAACAACAUACCGAGUGGAAGGUACCGAAGAUAACGCCCCAUUGCCUGUACCAGUCAUGCCUGGCCCGCAGCCCGGGGACGAGUCCAAAAACAUCAAACGAGAGCGCAACGAUGAUAUCAGCGGUGGUACAGCCGAGACGGAGCGCCCGAACAAACGCAGUAAGCCUACAUUAUCGGCCUCUCCGGCCAAGAGCCCUGCAAAGACGACAUCGACACGUGCAAAGAAGCAAGGUACGAGAAGCGCCACAAGUAACGGCAGUGCUGCAAAGACAGCCAAGUCGGAUGGCUCGCGAAAGAUUACCGCCUUUUUCAGCAACAAGUAA